AUGAGACUCCUUCAUACAACAGAUUUGGUUCUAAAAGAGUUCUUUGACAAUGCAAUCCCUAGAUAUGCGAUACUCUCGCAUCGAUGGGAGGAAGAAGAGGUCAACCUGCAGGACUUUGUCGCGAUCAGAAACAUGACGAAACCUGACGCCGGAUAUCGCAAGAUCUUGAGAUGCUGCAAAUAUGCAGCGUCAUGUGGCUGCGACUGGGCAUGGAUCGAUACUUGCUGUAUCGACAAAACCAGCAGUGCGGAGCUCUCCGAAGCAAUCAAUUCCAUGUAUCGCUGGUACAGGCGCGCCACCGUGUGCUUCGUCUACCUGUCAGAUCGAGAUCAACUCAAAGCAAGCCGGUGGUUUUCUCGCGGGUGGACAUUACAGGAGCUCUUAGCUCCAACGGGCCCCGUCCUGUUGCUCGACCGCGACUGGCGUGGAAUCUCCACGAAGCGAAGAAUGAGUGACCUGCUAGCGGACAUCACCCAGGUUCCAGCGUCACUUCUCAAGGGUACGACAGACCUGGCAGAGUUCAGCGUGGCUCAGAAGAUGUCAUGGGCAGCUCGCAGAAGGACCAGUCGUAUUGAAGAUGCUGCCUACUGUUUGCUGGGAAUCUUCGGUGUCAAUAUGCCGCUGUUGUACGGGGAAGGUUGGAAGGCAUUUGCGAGACUCCAAGAAGAGAUCUUGAGAGUUUCCGAAGACCGAUCGAUUAUCCUCUGGCAUGAAGAGACUGAAUUGGCUGACCGGUACGGGCUUUGUACUGGGCUCCUUGCACCUUCACCGGCUUGUUUCGAACGCUGUGGUCUCCAAGGCAUUGAGGACGAUUUCACAGGAACGCGGCCCUAUAGACUCACCAACCAAGGGCUGGAGCGGCUUAACACGCUGGCCAAGUCCACAUGGAUCCCCGCAGCAAACUAA